GGCCUGGCCGGGGCGGAGCUUGCGCCUGCGCAGUGCGCAGCUUUGGGGCGGGGCAGGUUUAUAGCCGCUGAGGAUCAGCUGACGCUCCGCAUUGCAGACUGCGGAGUCGGGCGUCGUCAUGUACUCUCUCUUCCUCCUGGCCAGCUGCCUGGGCGCGGCUCUAGCCAGCCCUGUCCUAGGACUGAAAGAAUGCACCAGAGGCUCGGCAGUGUGGUGCCAGAACGUGAAGACGGCGGCUGAGUGCGGGGCCGUGAAGCACUGCCUGCAGACCGUCUGGAACAAGCCGACGGUGAAAUCCCUUCCCUGUGAUAUAUGCAAAGAUGUCAUCACUGCAGCUGGGGACAUGCUGAAAGACAAUGCCACUGAGCAAGAGAUCCUCGUGUACUUGGAGAGGACCUGUGACUGGCUACCUAAUCAGAACCUGUCUGCCUCAUGCAAGGAGAUGGUCGACACCUACCUCCCAGUCAUCCUGGACAUGAUUAAAGGACAGAUGAGUCAUCCUGGGGAAGUGUGCUCUGCCCUCAAUCUCUGCGAGUCUCUUCAGAAGCACCUGGCAGAACUGAAUCACCAGAAACAGCUGGAGUCCAAUAAGAUCCCGGAACUGGAUGUGGCUGAGGUGGUGGCUCCCUUCAUGGCCAACAUCCCCCUCCUCCUCUACCCUCAGGACGGCCCCCACAACGAGCCCCAGCCGAAGGCUGGUGGGGACGUUUGCCAGGACUGCAUCCAGAUGGUGACUGAUAUCCAGAAUGCUGUAAGGACCAACUCCACCUUUGUCGAGGCCUUGGUGGACCAUGCCAAGGAGCAGUGUGACCUCCUGGGGCCUGGCAUGGCCGACAUGUGCAAGAACUAUAUCAACCAGUAUUCUGACAUUGCUGUCCAGAUGAUGAUGCACAUGCAGGAUCAGCAACCCAGGGAGAUAUGUGGCCUGGUUGGGUUCUGUGAACAAGUGAAGGAGGUGCCCAUGCAGACUCUGGUCCCUGCCAAAGUGGUCUCCGAGAACGUCAUCCCUGCGUUGGAACUGGUGGAGCCCAUUAAGAAGGACAUGGUCCAGGCGAAGGCUAGUGUUUUGUGCGAGAUGUGUGAGUACGUGGUGAAGGAGGUGGUCAAGCUGAUUGACAACAACAAAACCGAGGAAGAAAUAAUUCACACUUUGGGUAACGUGUGCUCAAAAUUGCCUGUAUCCUUGUCUGAAGAGUGCCAAGAGGUGGUGGAGACUUACGGCUCCUCCAUCCUGUCCAUCCUCCUGCAGGAGGUGAGCCCUGAAGUGGUGUGCAGUGUGCUCCAUCUCUGCUCCACCCAGGGGCUGCCUGUGCUGCCUGUACGCGUGAUUCAGCCGAAGGAUGGUGGCUUCUGUGAGGUAUGCAAGAAGCUGGUGAGCUAUUUGGACCACAACCUGGAGAAAAACAGCACAAAGCAGGAGAUCCUGGCUGCUCUUGAGAAAGGCUGCAGCUUCCUGCCUGACCCAUACCAGAAGCAGUGCGAUCAGUUUGUGACUGAGUAUGAGCCCGUGCUGAUCGAAGUCCUGGUGGAGGUGAUGGACCCUUCCUUCGUGUGCUUGAAAAUCGGAGCCUGCCCUGCAGUCCGUAAGCCUCUCUUGGGAACUGAGAAGUGUGUCUGGGGCCCUAGCUACUGGUGCCAGAGCAUGGAGGCGGCGACCCAGUGCAAUGCUGUCGAGCAUUGCAAACGUCACGUGUGGAACUAGAAGGGAUGUUCCUUGGAGAAACUGCAGCAUCUUUUCCUACUUGUGUGUCUGGGGGCAGUGAACACAGAUCUGUCGACUCUGUUAUAAAAAUAGGACCCCCUUUCCCCUCUCCUCAUUUCCUGUCUCCUGAUUGUAGCAUUGCCGUCAGUGGGGGAGGCGUCUCGCCCUCUGCCACCCAUAGCCGCUUCAGUGUCCCUUUCCUUUGCCUAGACAGGUGAGGAUGUCCUGUGUGUCGGGAGUCUUUCAGCCUGCCCUUGUGGUGGGUCCCGGCCCGGGCCUUGUUCUGAGCCCUCUGCCUACCCCAUGCGGGGACUCUUCUGGGCCGAUUGGCUGCUAUUCAUAGCAGCAAAACAAAGGCAGUUUUAUAAGAAAGAUUAGAGGCUCAGAAUAAUUAGGCUUUUUAAAACCACGUUUUCACCAUAGGGAGGAUUUAGGAAGCAGCUGCUCAGGAGACCUGGGUGAGGCUUAGGUUUGUGUCGACCUUCGUUUCAGCUUUCCUGUGUCUUUGCUGGUGAUGCCUUGUUUGGGGUUCUGUGGGUUUGGGUGGGAGGGGCAAACCUGCCUGAAUGUAAUCUGCUAGCUCCACGUGGAGGUCCUGUGGGUCUGCUUUUGCGUGUGAGCGUGGACAGUGGUGACCACCUCUUGCUUUUGUGUUUGCGUGGCCGUGGAAGCCUUGCUUUUUUGUGCGUCCGUACUGCUGCCCAGGGCCUGCCUUUGCUCUCUCUGCUCCAAUCCUCAUUUCGAAGAUGUUCUUUCUGACCUUCAAAUAAACGUGGAUGACCAGCUCCUAAGCCUUUGGCUUUCAGGUAGAGGGUCUGCUGGGUGUGCUGUCCAGGGGCCUCGUCUGCCGCCCUGCUUCCUCUCCGUUUGGCCUCCUCUUUUCCACUUCUAGUUGCCAGGAGACAGCGAGAUACGAAGUUGCUAUUAAAUGGACUUAAUGACUUUUUUGAUUUGUUUUGCACUAAAGUUUCUGUGAUUUAAUAAUAAAUAAAGUCUGUUAACCAGA